AUGCCAGGGCGCGCUCCUCUCCGGGGGGCCCUAAGGGCCCUAUGCGCCUGGCUGCUGGGUGGCUUCUGGGUCUGGGCGCUGGGCGGCCUCUACGGCCCAGGGGCGGCGGCGCUGCGAGCCGGGGCUUGGGGCAAUCCAGGGGCGCCGCGCCCCUGCCAGGCGCCGCAGCAGUGGGAGGGGCGCCAGGUACUAUACCGGCAGAGCAGCGGGCGCAACAGCCGGGCGCUGCUCUCUUACGACGGGCUCAACCAGCGCGUCCGGGUGCUGGACGAGAGGAAGGCGCUCAUUCCCUGUAAGAGAUUGUUUGAAUAUAUUUUGCUCUAUAAAGAUGGAGUGAUGUUUCAGAUUGAACAAGCCACCAAACAGUGCUCCAAGAUCAUCCUGACGGACCCCUGGGACCCUCUUGACAUUCCCCAGAACUCUACCUUUGAGGACCAGUACUCCAUAGGCGGGCCACAGGAGCAGAUUACUGUCCAGGAGUGGUCUGACAGAAAGUCAGCAAGAUCAUAUGAAACCUGGAUUGGCAUUUAUACAAUCAAAGAUUGCUAUCCUGUCCAGGAAACCUUCACCAAAAAUUAUAGUGUGUUAUUGUCCACACGGUUUUUCGACAUACAACUGGGCAUUAAAGACCCCUCGGUGUUUAUUCCCCCAAGCACGUGCCAGACAGCCCAGUUGGAGAGGAUGAGCAAGGACUGCGCCUGGUAA